AUGUUAACUUUUAAUAGAGUACUCUUCAAAACAAAUAAUUCAAAGUUAUUGAAUAGUAUUAGUAGUAGUAUUAGUUGUAUAUUAAAUAAUCAUAAUAAUACUAUUAAAUAUACCUAUCAACAACAACAAGUAAAAUCAUCAUCAUCAUCAUCACCAUCAUUUAAAUAUUCUACGUCUUCUUCUUUAUCAUCAUCAGUCUAUAAUAGUAGUAGAUACUUUUCAAAUUCAAGUGUAACAAGAAACAACAAUAAAAUGACUAUUCCAUCAGCUGAAAAGAUUCAAAAAGACAUCAACUUGCGAUUCCCCUCCAAGGUGGAAGACUUUGCACCAAGAAUUGCAAAGAUGAUCAAGGAUCACGAACAAGGUAUCAGCGAGUUGAUCGCCAUUGCCAAGGACAAGAGAACCUUUGUCAACACGAUUGAGAAGCUCGAGUUCCUCAACCUCGACUUUGCCAACGAGGAAAAUGCCAUUACAUUUGUCUCGAAUGUCUCUGCCGUCAAGGAGAUCCGUGACGCUUCCAAUGCCGCCGAGUCUGAACUCAACAAGUACUCUAUCAAGACGUACAUGCGUGAAGACUUGUACAAUGCCAUCACCGAGUAUGUCCAAGUCAACCCAGACUACCAAACCAAGUUGGUGCCACAACAAGCACGUCUCGUCAAAAAGACACUCGAAGACUUUGAAAAGAACGGUCUCCAAUUGCCCAAGGAAAAGCGUGAUCGUCUCAAAGAGAUCAAGGAAAAGAUCUCUGACAAUGGCAUUGCCUACAGUCAACACAUUGCCGAGGACAAGACAACCGUCGCAUUCACCAAGGACGAACUCAAGGGUGUGCCAGAAGACAUCUUGGAAGGUUUCCAAAAGGAAGAAGGUACUGGAAAGUAUUUGGCCACUCUCAAGUAUCCAGACUUGGUUCCAAUCGUAAAGUACUGUCAAGUCACUGAAACGAGAAAAAAGAUGGAUUAUCUUAAUGGUCGUAAAUGUAUUGAUACCAAUCUUGAAAUUCUUCAAAAUACUCUUAAAUUAAGAUUUGAGGCUGCUCAAUUAAGAGGACAACCAGAUUGGGCUUCAACUGUAACUCAAUACUAUAUGGCAAAGAAUGCUACCAAUGUUAGAAACUUUAUUUCAAGAAUGACUGAUUUAUUAAAACCACAUGGUGUCGAAGAAUUAAAAAGAUUACAAGAAUUAAAGAAAUCAGAUUAUGAAUCAAGAGGUGAACCAUUAUUAGAACCAGAAAUUAAAUCUUAUGAUUAUCAAUAUUAUAAUAAUUUAAUGUUGGUAAAGGAUUUCCAAGUUGAUAACAAUCUGGUAAAGGAAUACUUCCCAUUGGAAUUGGUAUCAAAGGAAUUGUUCAAUGUCUACCAAGAAUUGCUUGACGUUACCUUUGAAGAGGUCAAGGAAAUCCCAAUCCAAGUGUGGCACCCAGAAGUCAAGAUGUACUUGGUUCGUGACAAUCAAAACAAGGAUGUCGUCAAGGGUUAUUUCUUCCUCGAUCUUUACCCACGUGAAGGUAAAUUCUCUCACUUUGCUGUCUGGCCAUUACAACCUGGUUUCAAACUUGAUGAUUCUCAUUCAUCAUUACCAGUUGCCGCUAUGGUUUGUAACUUUACAAAGUCAACACCAUCACAACCAUCACUUUUGACCCAUGAUGAAGUGGUUACCUAUUUCCAUGAGUUUGGUCAUGUCAUGCACAACAUGUCCAGCGAGGUUAUGUAUCCUCGCUUCUCUGGUACCUCUGUAGAACGCGAUGCAGUGGAAAUGCCGUCUCAGGAGUUCGAACUAUGGUGUUGGGAUAGCAAUAUCCUCAAUAGAAUCUCUGGUCACUAUAAGGAUGGCUCCAAAUUACCAACUGACCUUGUCCAAAGAAUGUUGGAUUCGAAAAAUCUCAACAUUUCUCUUUUCUAUCUUCGUCAAUUAUUAUUCUCUUCAUUUGAUCAAAAGAUCCAUUCAAAUGAAACUGAAUGUUUUGAUAAAUUAUCAGAGGUUUGGAGACACUAUGCAAAGAAUGUUGCAUUGAUCGAGAAUCAGCCAAACACCAACCCAGCUGCCAACUUUGGACAUUUGUUUGGAUAUGACGCCUCAUACUACUCGUACAUGUGGAGCGAAGUGUUUAGUGCUGAUAUUUUCAGUGUCUUUGAAAAGAAUGGUAUCAUGAACAAGGAACUAGGUAGAAAGUUUAGAACCCAGGUAUUGGCUGUUGGUGGUUCUCAAGACACUAGCAUCACUCUCAAGAAUUUCCUUGGAAGAGAUCCAGAAGAAGCUCCAUUCCUUAAAUCACUUGGUCUUACUAAAUAA